GUUUUAGCCCAAUAUUAGUAAUCACAAUAAUUAUGGUCUCGACAAACAAAAUAAUCAACUCUACCACGUCUUUAAUUCUGUAUUGAUCACUCCUCUGUCUUAAUUGAAAUCUGCGUAAUUAUGCCAGUUCAUCACUUUGACAUCCUACCCUACGGAAUUAUUGACAGUUCAUAGAAGAUUUACAAAAUCAGAUUAAAAUACCCACAAAAAUUACAAAUUUGGUCGUUGCAGUAGAAUGAUUACAAAAAGCUAUCCUAAGUAAUCAGUCAAAUUUAACUCGUCUUCUUUAUCAUUAUUGAGUGACUUCCGGCCAUUGGAAUCUGAACCCAAAGAAAGAUCUGGGAUUUUGUUUUUGACUGAUAAAUUUUGGAAUUUGGAGAUUCGUAUUUUCUGGGUAUUUGAUUUCAGUAAUUGGGGAUCGGUGAUUUGGCGGGAAGUUAGUGGGGGUUUGUUAAUGGCGGAGGAUAAUGUAAGAGGGUUGGUACUAGCAGUGGGUUCAAGUGUGUUUAUUGGGACCAGCUUUAUCUUGAAGAAGAAGGGUCUUCGCCGUGCUGCUGCUAAUGGCACCCGUGCAGGAUACGGAGGCUACACUUAUUUGCUAGAGCCACUCUGGUGGGCAGGAAUGUCCUUAAUGUUUAUUGGAGAGGCUGCAAACUUUGUGGCAUAUGCUUAUGCUCCGGCUGUUUUGGUAACACCGCUUGGAGCGUUAAGUAUUAUAAUCAGUGCGGUUUUAGCACACUUCAUGCUCAAAGAAAGACUGUCAAAGCUUGGUGUCCUGGGAUGUGUGUCUUGUAUAGUGGGGUCGGUGGUAAUUGUUCUUCAUGCCCCACAGGAGGCAGCACCAACUUCUGUUCAACAAAUUUGGGAUCUGGCAAGUCAAACAGAUUUCUUGAUUUAUGUGGCGGCUUCAUUAUCUAUUGUGGCAGUUUUGAUUUUGCACUUGGAGCCACGCUAUGGGCAGACAAAUUUGUUGGUUUACUUGGGGAUAUGUUCUUUGAUAGGUUCACUGACGGUAGUGAGCAUCAAGGCUAUUGGAAUAGCUAUAAAACUUACUCUGGAGGGGACAAACCAGCUUAUCUAUGCACAAACUUGGUUUUUCAUGACUGUGGGAGCAGUCUGUGUCAUUACACAGUUAAAUUACCUGAACAAGGCACUUGAUACAUUUAAUGCGGCAUUAGUAUCUCCAAUAUAUUAUGUGAUGUUCACAACCCUGACUAUUGCUGCAAGUGCAAUCAUGUUUAAGGAUUGGUCUGGUCAAGAUGCAAGCAGCAUAGCUUCUGAAAUAUGCGGCUUUAUUACAGUUCUCACUGGAACAAUCAUACUACAUGCUACAAGAGAACAAGAACAAACCAACACCUCAGCAGAUUCACGAGGCAAUGCAGGACCUGCCAAUUGGUACUCAACUGGAGAGAGUCAAAAAAUUAGUGAUGAGGAGCACCUAAUUACAUUGCACAAUACAGACUUUUUUGAAUAACAAGGUUGAGAUAAACUCGAUUUCAAAAGUAUGGUGAGACUUCCACUCAGGAAAACAGUCGCUGACGGUGCUUUCAGCUAAAGCUCCAAAGAGCUUUUUGUUAUAGAAAAUGGCCUUGUGUAGGAAGUGCUCUGUUGUGAUGAAUUAACACAUGCUGGUAAUCCUUUGGCACUGAAGUGAGCAACACUGUCUUAAGAAUUAAGGUUUUAAAUUACUUGCCUUUGCAGAUUGCAAGUCAUCUGAUAGCACAUUGCUAGAUACAGCGAUGGCCAGCAGCAAUGUUUGUAACUAAUUUUUUGUGUUGCUUGCCUCAUAGUCUAUACAUGUACAUAACCCCAUUGUUUCUCUGGCAUUUGAAGGUACGAGUUUAUUCUGUGAUUGAAUUGAUGUAUUCAUUUUUAAAAUCAUUUGUGAUUAGCCAAUGUUUGUAUUUUUUAUGUAAUCCUAUUGUUGACAGUCAUAUUCUUCAUACUCUUCAGAAUUGAUUAAAAAACAAAAUUUGGUGGUAUACAUUGUAUUUUGUAUACUGAAAUCUAGCAAUGGGAGUAUGUAUUACUUGUAUUUCGUAUACAAUUCCAAAAAUAUACCUUUUUUUUUUUU